CAGCUUUUAUAAGAGACCAGAAGAGGACCGUGAGGGACAUCCGAUCCGCUGAACUGGAGGGUACCCAGGAGGGGAGGACCCUGCCCCAAGGGCCAGAGCAAGGCCAGGAUGGCGGUGCUUGCGGGAAAGGCCAUGUUCAGUCUGACGAUGCUUCUGCCUCUGCUCUCAUUCCUCCUGCACCUCUCCGGGGCCUUUCCGGUACGUUGGGAAUCCCCGGAAGAGGAGACCACGCAAGUCGUUCAGAAUUACCUGGAGAGGUUCUACCAGCUGCCGCGAGGCGGAUACCGGUCCGGACGGAGCAACGGCACCAGUGUGGUUGUGGACAAGCUCAGAGAGAUGCAGCGAUUCUUUGGCUUGAACGAGACGGGGAAGCCAGAUGAGGAAACGCUGGAGAUGAUGCGGAAGCCGCGCUGCGGGGUGCCUGACAACGGGGACUUCAUGGUGACCCCGGGAAACCCCAGGUGGAAACAUACGAACCUGACCUACAGGAUCCUGAAGUACACCACGCAGUUGUCCCAGGCCAAGGUGGAAACUGCCAUUAGCACAGCCUUUCAAAUAUGGGCUAAUGCAUCAUCCUUGACCUUCACCAAGAUCUCGCAGGGAAAAGCGGACAUCGAUAUCGCUUUUUACGAAGGAGAUCAUGGUGACAAUUCUCCAUUUGAUGGACCCAAUGGAAUCCUCGCUCAUGCCUUCCAGCCAGGCCCAGGUAUUGGGGGAGACGCUCACUUCGAUGAACAAGAAACAUGGACCACAAAUUUUGAAAAUUAUAAUUUGUUUCUUGUUGCUGCCCAUGAAUUUGGCCAUUCCUUGGGGCUCUCUCACUCCACUGACCCGGUUGCCUUGAUGUAUCCCAUCUAUGCUGUCCAUGAACCCAGCACCUACACCCUCCCUCAAGAUGACAUCAACGGCAUUCAGGCCAUCUAUGGACCUUCAAGCAACCCUGUCCAACCAACCGGACCAAGCACACCCACAGCCUGUGACCCCAGACUGACAUUUGAUGCCAUUGCCACACUCCGUGGAGAAAUCUUAUUCUUUAAAGACAGGUUCUUCUGGAGAAGGCACCCCCAGAUGCCAGAGGUGGAGCUCAACUUCAUCUCUCUGUUCUGGCCGGCCCUGCCAGACGGCAUCCAGGCCGCGUACGAGGACUUGGACAAGGACCUAGUUUUCCUAUUUAAAGGCAGCCAGUACUGGGCUCUGAGUGGCUAUGACAUUAAGCCAGGUUAUCCCAAGGACAUCUCAAACUACGGCUUCCCAAGCAGUGUCCGCGCAAUUGAUGCCGCUGUUUACUACAGGGGAGAAAUCUUCUUCUUUGUAAACAACCAGUUAUGGAGAUACGAUAACCAAAGAGAAUCCAUGCAAACGGGUUAUCCCAAAAACAUAGCAAGCAUCUUUCCAGGAAUAGAAAGUAGAGUUGAUGCAGUUUUCCAGCAGAAUCACGUCUUCCUCUUCUUCAUCGGACCCGCAUAUUAUGCGUUUGAUCUUAGCGCUCACAGGAUUACUAGGGUUCAAAGAAGCAAUAGAUGGCUUAACUGCAGAUAACGCUGAAGCAAAGUCACACGUGUCUGCAUCAGUUUCCUGCAAAUGGAAGGAAAGUCUAGUUUGCAAAUUCAUUUUACUGUGUCCUAUUUAUACUUUUCUCACCCAUAAGUAAUGUCUGCUGUCACUGUCCUCACUGGGCCUGUCUUCCAUGAAAAUGCAUUUGGAGUAGUCCAGCGUCUACAGGGCUGAUUUAGUUCUCACCUAUUCCAGCUCAGGAGAAGAGAUGAAGCCUUCCUGGUCACCUCAUUGCUCACUAUGUUGUUACUUAUCUGACUUCUAGAAUGCUCGUGUAUACCUGAGGCUCCUUAAACAUGUCUUAAUUAUAUCUGCUAUGUACCGUUCAGCACUGGGUUCCAGUGAGACAUAGAGCUCAUGAACAACGUAAACAGAACCUCUUGCCUUUACUGAAAACGUGGUGCUAUUUUCCAGUCUUGGAAAAAAAUCCUGUUGACCCAUGUGGUGGGUUGAAUUGUGUCCCUCCAAGAAAGAGAUAUUGAAGUCCUAGUCCUAGGUGCCUAUGAAUGUACCCUGUUUGAAACUAGAGUCUUUGGAGAUGCAGUUAGUUAAAAUGAAGUUAUCCUGGAGCAGGGGGGGUCCCGGAAGAAGAGGGUCCCCGCACACACUGAGGGGGACGGUCACGUGAAGGUAAUACAGGGCCUGGAAUGAUGCAUCUACAUGCCAACAACGGCCAGCACCCAUCACAGGCCAGCAAGAGGCAAGGAAGGAUCCUUCUCAGAGCCUUCAGAGAAAAGAAUUUUAUCCUCCUAACACCUCAAUUUUAGACUCGUAGCUUCCAGAACUGUGAUAGAAUAAACUGUUUUUUAAGCAACCAAGUUUGUGAUGCUUCCUUCUGGCAGCCCUAGUCCGUCCAGCAGCCAGGACAGAAUAUCUGCACUUGAGAAAAUGAGUCAACACAAAAUGACAAAGUUGAUUAUUGUCACCUUCCCCCGGAAGGGAGCAAGAAGGGCAGUACCACUUCCUCCUCCGCCUCCUCCCUGCUCUGUCCUUUUAGAUUCCAAGCAAAAGGGCUAGUAGUUGGAUUUCUUCUUCCCCAUUUCUUUUUUUCCAGGGAUACUCUGGGGGGCACCUGCUACCAGUAAGUGGGAUUUACUGCCCCAACACAACAGUGCUGGGCACAAAAUACUGUGAAGCUCACUAAAUUAAACUGAGCUUGGAUGCAUACAUUUGAUAAUGGUUCUUUCCCACCGAGAACUGUAGGACUUCAGGGACCAUACUGGCCAACCAAGACAUCAAGAUCAUUAUAACACCAUAUCGGCAGUUGUUAGAACGUAAUGCAGAUUAUCACACAAUAAAUGAGUGCACUGUAAACUAUAUUUAUUACCAGCACAUUCUAUUUUCUUAUUCUGCUAGUUUUUAAAUCCCGCAGGUAAUUAGUAGAAUUUGGUAUCUUAUUCUGGUUCAAAAAUUAUUAAAUGCAUUUAAAAUAAAUAUAUUAAAUGAC